CUGCAAACGGAGACUGCGAGACACAUGCUGAGAUCUGCUGGGCAGAAUUUGGUAGUGGUCCCAAAGCCAAGUCAUAUAGCAAGAGGUUGUUUUCAGUCCCUUCCGCUAGAUCAUGGAUGGCAUUACCACUUGACGUUGGGAAGUCUCGGUCACCGAUUGACGUACUUUAGUUGGGAACUACUUUCUUGUAUGAUAAUUUUUAGCCUCAAGCCCCCAUCGGAUAACCUUGGAUGAAUGCAUUAAAUAGAAAGUUACGCACGGUCGACAAAUUUGAUCCUCAGUGGCCUGCUAGAAAACAGAACAGUCGCUACUUCAUCUCGACUGGGUCAUCGUGAUAUUCCAGAUCAAAUCGCUGGACCAGCUGAAAACGAAAACUCGUAAUAAGCUUCAACAGGAUCCGUUAAAACAAUGAAAAUUAAAUCAGACAGCUUGUGAGCUAGCCAUCAUCAUCAGCGCCACAGGAUUUGAGACGAGUCGGGGUAGGGCCAGGCAAGUUUUAAGUCGAGGUUCUUACAAUGGUACAUUCAUGCAGGCCGGAUAUCAUCAAACAAAUUUACAGUUUGUUGCCAAAAGAUGCAUUUCAGCCUCAGCGACGCGACGCCCUGAAAAAAAAAGGUUAAAAAAAAAAAAAAUCAGUCAUUGAGAUGGUGGUAUGAGUUGUUAGACCAAUUACAAAAUCUCCUCAGUAUGCAAGACAGUAACUUCAACAAUCGUCCGAGGGGCGGCGUUAGGAAAUUGGGCCGAGGGAGUCAAUUACAAUUGGAAGUCACGCAACAUCCUCAGAGAACGUUGCGUGAUUUCGAGAGAAAACGCUGCGAAGGAGACUGCGGAAAUAUGUAUGGUAUCUACUCAUAAUCUUUCAAGGUUGUCACCUGACGAAGACUGGAAAAUAGCAGUAAAAUCGAGAUGAAAAGGGAUCUUGUAACUAUGCUGCAUCUGUAAGAUUCACAGACUGACUUUCUGACUGACUGACUCACCGACUCACUGAAAAACUGAGCCCCUUGUGUGACUCACACUGUUUUCUCUGCGUGAUUUAGUAUUUGAGCAACUCGUCACGUCAAGCAAUAAAUACACGAUCUAAAAUAAACCGACGCCUGCCCUUUCGUGUUACUUGCUUAUCAGUGCUUGGAUCUAGCAUCUCAAGAUCUGCAAUUUCUGAUAUUAUUCUGCAAUGGACGACACGCUUUACUUUGUAAUUACAGCUUUGCUGUUCUCAGUCGUGAUUUGGUUGUUGAAUCCCUUCGGCAAGCUCUUCAACUUACUGAGGCAUCUAUUUAAUGACGCGCAGGGAGAUAUUCCCGACGGAGUCCGACCUUUUGAGCAGCUCCCAGGUCCGAAAGGAUUGCCAUAUUUUGGGAAUGUUCUGAAUCAUAUUAAAACGACUUCCGACUUCAAUCUACUUUUAAAGGAUCGGCUGGAAAACUUUGAGAAGUACGGCCCGAUUUUUAAGAGGACGGUCAUGGGACGAACCAUGGUCUUCAUUAAAAACCCAACCGAUGUAGAAGCUGUUUUCAGAGGCGAUGGAACAUAUCCGAUGCGACCUGAGACAACUUUCAGGGCUCAAAAGGAAUACAUGAUCAGCAAGAAACUUCCAGAAGGUUUGACUACCCUACAGGGCGAGAAGUGGAGUCGACUGCGCAAAGCCUUAGCACCCAAGAUGCUGCGUCCUAAAGGAAUACGAGAUAACCUGGACAAUUUCAAUGGAGUCGUACGGGAUGCCAUAGCACAUAUGGCUUCAUUGCGAGGGAUUGGCGACGAGAUUCCAGAUCUUGAGGGGGAACUUUCAAAGUAUGCCACUGAAUCUAUAGGAACGAUGGCAUUUGAUGUAAGAGUGGGAUUGUAUGAUGAGCCACCAAGCAAAGAAACUGAAAAAAUGCUGAAAAUGAUUAGAGCGGUCUUUGAUGGUUUUGCACUCUUGGGAAAACUGAACCGUGGAUGGGAAGCACUUCUUUAUAGAUUUAUGAAGACACAAUCCUACAGAAAAUUUGUCGAAACUCAAGACAUCACAUUUUCCGUCAGCCAAGAGAUAAUUGACAGAAAGGUUAAAGAACUGAACAAAAUGGCAGAAGAGGGUGAACAGUUUUCUGAAAAUCAAGCUGUUUCUAUGCUGUCUUAUCUCAUUACGAAGGGUGACCUCACGCCCAAGGAAAUCAGCGUCAAUUCUAUUUUUAUGUUUAGGGCGGGUGUCGAAACGACGACAAAUGGAUUGCUUUGGGUCCUUUACGAUCUGGCCCGUAAUCCGAGGGUGCAAGAAAAGGUGUACGAAGAAGUAACCUCCCUGGUUGGGCCCCAUGGAGAUUUUACCCCCGAGAGCUUUGCAAAGUUGGAGUACAUCAAGGCUUGUGUCAAAGAAAGCAUGAGAUUGCAUCCUGCUGCACACAGCUGGGCACGUGUUCUGACACAGGAUCUUCUUUUAUCCGGCUAUUUGGUUCCUGCAGGGACCAUGGUCAUCUAUUUCAACUACCUUUCUGGGCGUUCUGAAGAGUUGUUUAAGUUUCCUUUGGAUUUUAGACCGGAACGUUGGUUAAGCGACGAUCUGGGAAAGAUUCAUCCAUUUGCCACUCUGCCUUUUGGAGUUGGAAGUCGGAUGUGUAUAGGGCGUCGCAUUGCAGAAGCCGAGAUAUAUCUCCUUACAGCAAAGUUGAUUCAGCGAUUCACUAUGGAAUAUCACGAUGAGCCAAUGGGGACAAAGCUUUCUUUCUUCGCUGUUCCUGAUAGGCCUCUGAAGAUAAAGUUCAUCGACCGGGAAUAAUUUUCCAUGGACGUGUCGUCUUUAUGUGUCGCGGAUGGUCACAGCAACAGAACUUUGCAGACUGGUAGUACAGGGGCAUUGUGGUCCACAGCCAAUCAGAUGCGUUAAUCAGAUUGCGUUACAUCAAAUCGCCAUCUUGCAUGCCAGUCUAGCCAUAUGAUUGGUUAAUUUGUACCGCGUAGUCCAUAGUGCUCUAUUUUGAUUGUUGAACACCAUAGUCCUCCCUUACACCACUCAGACUGUAUGGAAAUCAAUAUGUAAAUACCAUAUUCACUUAAACAUAAACAAAGCCAUCCGCCUUCGAAAGCCCUGUGAAAUUUAUAUGACUCCAAAUGAGAGAAGAGUAUCAAGCUUAAUGCAUGUCAAGCUUUGAAUAUUCUUCAUUACACUGGAUUGAAAAGUUUUCUAAAUUCUGAACAGAAUUUGACAAAAAAGUCGCUUCUCUCGUUAAACCAAGUUUCACUUAUCGUGAAAAUGGAUAUAGGAUCACAGUUUUAACAUGUACAGGCAGAAUGCAAGCUGGUAUGCUCCUUCGAACAAGAUUCAAAUGUGCCGCAAGGAAGGACUACCUUCGCAGAGAAGCAAACCCUGCUUUGUGAACAGGCCCUUGUAGAUUCAUAUUUUGAGAAACAUAUUUCGAUAAAAAAAUUAAAUGAGUUUUCACAAUGUA